GUAUUUUUACUUUGUUGGUCAGAAUAAAAUUAAAAAGUCCAUUCAUCUGGUUGACAACAUGUCUGUCACAUUAUGCAGGAAACCCCCCCAGAGUGCUCAGCUUCCCCCGCACCACAUCCAUUCCUCUCGUGCCUGUGGGGGUUAAGUCACCUGGGCAGACUGGUUUAUGAUCCCUCGCACCACAGACGGGUUCGUGACAGGUUGCGAGCAUGAAAGAGAUCCUGUGUCAACCAGCAAACACCGCGUGCAGGAGGGCGAGCUGCUUCAGCCUCCUGAUCAACAUGGAUAAAAACGUCCUGCUGACACCUGAUCCACAUUAUAUCCCAGGGUACGCAGGGUAUUGCCCACAGCUCAAGUACAGAGUGGGGAGAUCCUACGGCCAGCUCACAGCUGAGCUGCUGACCAGUCCCCAGGGGAAACACUCUGAUCAGCUGGUCCUGGGCAGGGGUCAUGUCCCCUCCACAGACACACUGAGAAGCACCUCUGACAGUAACUUGAAGAGGAUGAUACCAGGAUACACAGGCUUCAUUCCAAAAAGACAGAACUACUUUGCCUGCACCUACUCAGAAACAUGCCGUAAGGCGCUGUCAGAGUUUCACCAGGAUGGGCGUGCCAAGAUCCAACGGGAAUCGACAGAGCUGCCAGCUGUUGUCAACUACACCAACACACAGAAACCAAGACCCCACUUGAGAGAAAUCUCCAACAAAGAAAUCCCCUACAGGCCCUUAAAGUCCUUCACCCCCACAGGAAAACCAUACUUCAUGGAUGAUGAUAACCCACACAAGUACUUUAAAACAGGUUUUACAGGGCAUGUGCCAACAUCUCGCUUCCUAAUUGGCAAAGGCUUCCCCAUCACUACAAACCAGGCACUGAUCCAGUUUGGGAAACAGCAGCAGACUGAUCCCACGUCCCUAAGCAUCCCGGGAAGGAGGGAAAGUACAAUAACUCCCAUUGCUACCAUCUAUCCAUCAGACAGGGGUGUGGUGCCGUCCUUCACAGGACACAUCCCAGGGUACCAGUUCACCUAUGGACAAACCUUUGGCCAACUUUCCCAGAAUGCACUGGAAAAGCGGCAUCAAGAGGAUCCGUCAGGCAAAAUCAUAAAACUAUGCACAAUACAUACAAGGAACAUUACUGGCAAGAUGAAGUUGUGACAUGAGUCAAGUUUAAGAACUAUUUAGGAAAUCCUCAUGACAUGAAACGCAUGAAUAAACAUUUGUAAUGUUUACUGUUGGCAUACAAAGAAGUCUUUAUUGACAGACUUUGAUUGUCACUGGCAUUAGAGGAAACAUUCAGAGGUUGAGACAAUGAUGCUGGGUCAAAUUAUUUCACAGAUUGCACAUAAUUACAUUAAUGUUCUGUAUAUAAACACACGUUCUGUUCUUUCCUCCUUCUUAACUAACUACUAGUCUAUCAAAAUGUAGCUGACACAUUAAAGUACCUGAAACAGCCACCAGAUGGCUUAUAUUGUGCAACUUAACAAAAUUCACUGGAAGACAUCCUACUGCAAACUAUUUCCACACUUUUAGUGCCAGAAAAUGUACAAAACCUAGCUCUUCACCAAUACAAACAUUAAGGGGGAGUUAUAGGAAGAGAUAUAGGAAGUACUGAAGCACCUAUUGUACAGUUUGUUUUUUAACUCAUGCAGAAAAUCCAUGCUGGGGAUUUGCUCAAACAGGGUACAGGAAACCAAACACCACUGACUAUCCAUGAGGCUGGUGUGUAGCAUAUUUGGCACAGUUACGAGUGUAUUUUCUGGCUUUUUCCCCACCUAAAGAUAAAAUGUACAGCUAUGUAGAGAAUGACAGAUAUGUAAACACUGAAUUUCCCCCUAGGGGGAUUAAUAAAGGUUCAUCUUCUUCUUCUU